CCACAGGAAACAUCCCACCGAGAACGCGUCAAGCUGUAGCAGAGGAACAGGGCAUCCACUAGCGAUACUCCGAUUAGAUCAGAUCAGAUCAGAUCUUCAGAUCAAUAUCGGUAUCCUAAACACAUAACCGAAAUGUCCGUGUCAACACCAGGCCCAAAAACAAGAUCCACCUCGCCGACGGUCUUUGAGCAGCAGCGCGAAGAACUCGUGCGCGAGAUUGCCGUCGGCAUGGAACAAGUCCUCCAAAACAUCAACCGGCUGAAUCGGAAUCUGGAGAGUGUUAUCUCGGUCGGCAACGAAUUCGGCUCCGUCGAGGCGCUAUGGUCGCAGUUCGAGAACUUCAUGGGCCGGCCGCAGGAGGAGGUCGAGCAGGCUCACGGUAGUAGUGGUGGCAGUCGGCAGAAGGAGGAGCAGGACGAGGGAGAGACUGAAGUUCAUCAAUAAUGACAUUUUUACGUUGAUACCUACAGGAUGGCAUGAUAUGAAAUGAAACGAUUUGUUUAUUUACUUUGUUUCUUUACUGGAGUUCGAUCCUGUACAUACAUAGAAUUAUUGCAUCGAAGUCAUAUUGUUUCUAUUGGC